AUGCACGAGGCUUUAGAGGCCUGCGGCGAGUUCCUGUGCCGCAUCGGCGCGCUGGAAGGCGCUAAUGCUAUUGUCGAUAUCCUGCGCAAAACGGGCGCGGAACUCUCGGAGUCGAGUCCGCUCCGCUGGCGCGCGCUGCUGGCCGCCAUCCGCCAAGAGCUGACUGCCGACCCUAUGGACGUUGUAUUUCUGCUCGAACGGCUGCUGCAACUGGACGCGACGAUGCCUUCUGGCGCUAGCCAGGCUCUGUUCAACUCGCCUUUGUUCUUCCACCUAUUGGUAGAACGAUUCGCAGUCGCGUUUGAAGGCCUGGACGCUGAGUUAUUCAAGCUGGAGAGCGAUGAACUGUGCCAUGCUGAAGGUAUCUACGAGACUGACAACGAGUCGGGACUGAAGAAGUUCCUUACGACGUAUAAAAAUAUCUUCGAGCAGGACGAACCAAAGGAUUGCUGGGAGGCGUUUUACGAGCUGUACCAUUUGAACGACGCUGCUUUCCGACGAGAUAUGAACGGAGCUAUGUCCAUGAUCGAGUCUGUCGCUCUAGGCCCCACAAAGCUCGAACUGGCAUUCCCACCCAAGGCUCCUGAAGGUCACAAGUAA